AUGAUUCUUAAUCAAUUGUAUGUUCAUUCAGACACGGGAUUUCGUGGUUCCCCUUCCCAGACUUCUGUGUGGUAGUUUGGAGCCAGUUAAGGAGAAUCUUAAGAUUUGUAAACUGGAGAUGGGGUUUCGUGAAAAUGAACUCCAGCACAUCGUCACUGUAAUCCCCAAAGUUCUUAAAGCUAAUAAGAGGAAACUGACCCAGAUAUUUCACUAUAUCCACAACACCAUGAACAUACCCCAUGACCUGACCGCGAAGUUCCCACAGGCCCUGAAUGCAAAGUACCUUCGUAUCAAAGAGAGACACCUGUUUCUGCAGUACCUGGACAAGGCUCAGUACAACCCUGCCAAGCCUAACUACAUCUCUCUGGACAAGCUAGUCUCCCUGCCAGAUGAGGCCUUUUGCAAUGAAGUAGCAGUCGCGACACCAAAGGACUUUGAAUUGUUUCAGAAGACAGUGUGAUUGAUGUAAUACUACAGUUUUUGUAUAUGUGUGUUAUUUGAAUAGAGAAGAUAUUGAAGAAUUUUACAAUUGAAUCUUGCUGCGGCAGGUAGCCUAGUGGUCUGUAGAAUCUUUAUAUGGUGUUAUUUCAUGGGGGACUCUGGCCUAAAUACCCAGCAAAACUCCAUAUUAUUCAGAACCCCAUGAAAUGACACCAUAUAUAGAUUCUACAGACCCUACUGAGUACUCCCCACCCCACUUAUACAUCAGCACAAAUAAUCGUUUUUCCUGUACAGUGUUAUAGUUAUACUUUACACUGCAGUGGAGGCUGCUGAGUGGAGAAUGGCUCAUAAUAAAGGCUGGAACGGAGCGUUUGAAACCAUGUGUUUGAUGUAUUUGAUACCAUUCCACCUAUUCUGCUCCAGCCGCUACCAUGAAACCAUCCUCCCCAAUUAAGGUGUCACCAACCUCCUGUAGUAUAGUGUCCAAGCACCCCAUUUUAAGCUGUUUGACCACAGUAAAAGUCCAGCAACACUCCAUAUUAUUCAUAGAUCCAUGAAAUGACACCAUUUGACUAUCUAUACAUAGUCACUUUAAUAACUCUACCUACAUGUACAUAUGACCUCAA